UAGUGGCGCCUCGCAACGUGAGCGCGAUAAUAAAUCAUUGAAUGAGCGCCCCAGAACUCUGUAUCACCUGGAGAUGGCGCUUCAGAAGGGAGCUCUCCGAGUUCCCAAUCAGACCAGUUCCCAUUCCUGAGGCCGUUCACCCACAAGCCCGCAACGAAUCAGUCAGAUCCCUGGGUUCGGGAUAUUGAAUUGAUGCAUCAUUGGACCAUCGAGGCUUAUGAUGAGCUAUCGCAGCGUGAUGACAUGCGUUUCACUUGGAGGGUCGAGGCACCAAAAGUAGCUGUGACCCACACGUUCCUGAUGCACGAAAUAUUGGCAUUUGCUGCAUUCCACAAAGCAUCACAGCUUCCUGAUAAGCGCCAGGAGUACUAUACCUUGGGGAUUCAUCACCAACACCUUGCUAUCAAGGGGUUGCGACCAAAACUCCAGGACAUCGUGCCAGACGAGGCGCCAGCUAUUCUUGCCACUUCGACACUGCUCACUCUAGGUGUCUUUGCUUCAACAGGAUUCGAGGCCAGUUGUUUGGAGCAACCUUCACAAUCGUCCGCCAUCGAUGGCAUCUUGAACAUUUUUUCGCUCAUGCAAGGCAUGGGUAACGUACUGGCACUGGCUCACACGCAUGUGUUUGAGUCUUUUCUUGCACCGAUGUUCCGCGAUCCCCUCGAAGCGACUCCUUCGCAGCCGUUACUGCAGGAGCUUAUACAUCAUUUGCCUAGCGUGAUCUCGUUCAUCGAGACAAAGCAGGACCUGCCAGACGAGGAACGCACUGGCUUUUUAGGUGUCAUUGAUCACUUCGAGCCUGUGCUGAGGCUUGCGAGCCCUGCGCGGGUGGAUAAUCGGGAGCUCCGAUUCCUCUUCUUCUGGCCAUUGCAUCUCAAUGGCAGAUUCCUUGACAGUAUUCGACAAAGGCAUUCGGGUGCGCUUGUCAUAUUGAUGUACUAUGCGACCAUGCUGUUUGCUGCGGAGCCUCGUUAUUGGUUCAUGAAGGGUUGGGGCCAUUCUGUAAUGAAGGCUUGUUAUGAAGAGGUCGACAAAAGCUGGCUACCUGCCCUACAAUGGCCCUUGUUAUUCUUGGAGACAGGUCCCACUUACGACCUAUUCACAAACAUCAGUCGACUUCAUGGUGGUAAAGGGGCUCCGGGGGGUCCACUGGUCCUGCCGUUUGUGCAACAGCAACCACACACGGUUCCUUUCCGACAGUACGCGGAGCCUCCUUUGCGAUCACCCCAGCACAAAGUAGUGUCGACUCUGGACCGCAGCGGCCCAUGCCCACACCUUACCGGAACAAUGCCUCCUUCAUAUGCGCCUCAGAUGACCAGUGCAUCAAGCCCGCCUCCAGUCGCUGAUGCAGUGCGAACCCAGAAUCAAUGUAUCGAUCAGACCGAUCACAUCUCCAGCAAUUCCACUGAUCCAAGGCGUGAACGAGGGCAAGACCCCAAUCGGGAGUUGCGUAAACGAGAAGGCACAUGAUACGACUGCUGCAGUGAUUGCCUUACAGACAAUGUCGGUCGCCAGCCCUGCAUCCUGAGGAGAUGGGACGUUGGCAGCGUCGAUCUGCCGAGAUUGGGCAAGAAGACAAAUCCUUUGGAGAACACAACGUAUUUUGUAUUUGCCGACUUUCUCUGCAACACAAUGGCCUGGGCAGUUGGGUGCGACAAUCACGUGACUCUCUCGAGUCGCUGCUGGCUAGAGCAAUCCUCCAAUAGCAUCAACAGAUGACA